AUGCAUUUCUCCUCUUACGUCGUCUCGGCCAUCCUGGCUGUCACGGCCGUGGCCACCCCCACGCCCGUGACCGUUGACAAGCGCGCCACCAAGAUGUGUGACUCUUUCGGCUCUGUUACUACCGGAGGUCUUACUAUCUACCACAACAACUGGGGCGCGAAGCAAGCCACCUCUGGCAGCCAGUGCACCACUUUCGAAUCCCUGAAGUCCGGCUCCGUCGCUUGGUCAACAUCCUGGACUUGGAACGGAGGUGCGGGACAGGUCAAAUCCUACUCCAACGUUGCUCUCGAGAAGGUCAACAAGCAGCUCUCUGCUAUCAAGUCCAUCCCUUCCAAGUGGACCUGGAGCUACACCGGCUCCAACAUUGUAGCUGAUGUUGCUUACGACCUCUGGCUCGCUCCCUCUGUUGGUGCCAACAACAAGUACGAGAUCAUGAUCUGGCUCAACGCCCUCGGCGGUGCCGGCCCAAUCUCCAGCACUGGCAAAACCAUUGACACUCCUACCAUCGCUGGUACCAAGUGGUCUCUCUACAAAGGCCCCAACGGUGACACCACUGUCUACUCCUUUGUCGCGCCCAGUGCUAUCAAGAGUUUCAACGGUGAUUUGAUGGGCUUCUUCAACUACCUCACUUCCAAGCAGGGCGUCGCCAAGACCAACGUUGUCACCAGCCUGCAGGCCGGUACGGAGCCCUUCUCCGGAAGCAAUGCCGUGUUCAAGACCACUGCCUACACCAUCUCUGUCGCUUAA